AUGGCUCAUCAUGAAAUUGACAAAGAAGAGCUUGACUAUCGUCUAAAUGCAAUUCUUAAAGAGGAAAAUCUAGAAUUUCCUAGCACAGAUCUGUUAGAAAACCUCCCAAACCCUAAUAGCCAACCUUUAAGUUUGAAUUUAGAAGCAAACCUCGAUCUGAACCUGAAAAAUCUGAUGGUAAGCCCAUCAGCAGAGCCUAAACCUGAACCUUUAUCCCCUGGCUCCGAAAACCGCAAAAAACGAGGCAGAAAACCUAUAAGACCUAACGACCCCAUCAAAAAGAAGACUGAAGAAAAAGAUAAAUACUGGCUAAGAGUAUUUCGGGCAUACAUGAAAACUAGAUACUCAAAAUUAAAACCUAGGCUAACUCAGAACGAACAAUUAUUUUGGUUAGAAUAUUUAGGCCCAAGUGGCAAGCCGGGCAAAGGAAACCAAUUUUUAUCAUACGGCAAAAGGUAUAAAAAUUUCCUAUUCGCUGAGCCUAUUUUUGUCGCUGCUUUCCGAGACUGGUUUCAGAACCAUGGACAUGAGGAUUUAUCGAAAAAAUGCAAGCCUGGCUCUGAUUUAUGAUACGUUUAUUAUGAUUAUGCCAGUAAGGACCUUGUGAAUUAUAUUCCUCAUGGAGCUUCUUCAGUUGAUAGCGGAGACUCUCCACUAAGCUGCACAUCGCCUCCUGAGCUUCAAGAGUCGCCGUUUAAUGAUGAUAUCGAUUUCUGUAUGAUCGGCACUGACAAUGAUACUGUUUUUGAUAAUUUUAUUAACCAAAUGUAA